CCAGUGUAAUACCCUCCACCAUAGGCCUUCAUGCUUCAUAUUCAAGGCGAGGUUUAUCGAAUGAAUCUACAGAACUGUUGGGAGGAGAGUGUGAGAGGAGAGAGAUAGACAUGGAAGGAUGUUGUUUAACAUUCGCAACGUCGUCCGCAACCACCAGACCUACGAACAUCAGUAGCAGUAACGAAGGACCUGGUAUAAGAAGAUUGCAGAUCAACAACCGUCGUCAAUUGAUCUCACUAUCUUCUUCUAGUCGAAGCAGAAGAUCAAAACGAGCCGCUUCGGCUGUUGUCAAGGCUUCUCGAGCACAGCUCAAGAUUCCGCUAUCGGGAAACUUGGAUUCCUCCAAUUAUUCGACCGCACCUUCAUGGAUGCCUAGAUUUGAAGAGCUUGAUACCACCAGCAUGCUCCUUCGCCAGAGAAUCAUAUUCUUGGGCUCUCAGGUCGAUGACGUUACAGCUGAUUUUAUCAUAAGUCAGUUAUUGUUUCUGGAUGCUGAAGAUAACACCAAGGACAUAAAACUUCUGAUAAACUCACCUGGUGGUUCGGUCACUGCAGGAAUGGGGAUAUAUGAUGCUAUGAAACUGUGUAAAGCAGAUGUUUCUACCAUUUGCAUGGGGCUUGCUGCGUCAAUGGGUGCCUUUCUUCUUGCAUCUGGUAGUAAGGGGAAAAGGUUCUGCAUGCCUAAUGGAAGAGUGAUGAUCCAUCAGCCACUUGGAACUGCUGGUGGAAAAGCAACAGAUAUGAGUAUACGGAUAAGGGAGAUGGUUUAUCACAAAGUGAAGCUGAACAAAAUAUUAUCUAGAGUAACCGGAAAGCCAGAGGAGCAGAUUGAAGAAGAUACAGAUCGUGAUAAUUUCAUGAAUGCUUGGGAGGCAAAGGAAUAUGGGUUAGUGGAUGGGGUGAUUGAUGAUGGUAAGCCUGGACUAGUUGCGCCCAUUGCUGAAGCAAUAUCUCCUACAAAAACCAAGGUAUGGGAUCAAUGGAAAAUCGAAGGGAGCAAGAAAGCGAUCAAGAAUUUGCCAUCAGAAGAACGGGUUCUCCAAAAUGGCCAUGUAACUGGUGAAGGAAUCGAAAAGGAACGGAAAUAAUGAAAGCUAGUUCAGUGAAUUUCUCGUUGUAACUAUACAAGUUAUUUCAUUUAACUGAUUCUCUCAUAGUUUUGGAGUAGAAAGAAAAAUUGGAUAGCCUUCUGAAUUUCUAGGCAAAACCUCAAAUAAUUAUGUUAAAACUUUUAAAAGAUUGUCAUUUU